CUUGGAAAAACCCUAGUAAUUUUAAAUAUUUGAAUCUUAUGCGGUAGCAUUAUAUUUUGUGACAAUUACAUGCGAUUUCGCUGAUUUGAACAAAAACAUAAUUAGAUUAUUUUAUGAAGUCCUUACUCUUUAAUUGUCAUCGACUAAUAUCUACACUUUGUUGUUUUCUUUUCCUGCUCUAUUUACUAUUUUAUUAAUUUGUUUUUUAAUUGUAUAUGGAUCUUUAGUUCUGGUUUCUGUUACAUCAGUCUAAGAACAAGCAAUAAUUAAACUAUACCGAUAUAGUAAACAGGUUUUUGAGAGAAUACGGAGAAAAUGCCUGAAGAAUAUGUAACAACACAAUACCAACAGAAUUAAUGUUACCAUUGCAGCUUUUCCGAAAAUGGCAUUUGUAACAAAUAUCCUUGGCGUUUCUUACAUUGUACAGUUUGUCACAUGGUUUACAAUCGGUUAUCGUAUUAUAAACACUACUCUUUCCCUUCUUAAGCUUUUUAAUCUUUCAUGACAUAUCUGAACGUAUGAUCAUUAAAACGUUAGGAUAUGAGUAUUUCGGUUGCACUGAAUGGGCUUACACCAGUGAGUUAGAUGUUUUCACAAGUUGUUUAAAACUGGCAAUUACAUUUAUAGGACCUAAUUAAGUCGUGUACACUCACAAUUUAUUAAUGCAACCCUGACAUUUAAAAAUGAAUUCACCUCGUUAGAAUUACGAAUUAAGAGCUAGGAUUGCUUUAUUUCAGGCUACCUAUUAGCUACAACAUAAAAAGUAAUCUUUUUAAAGGGGUAGGUGUACAUUUGAUCUAACGUAAAGCGGCAGAUAUCUCAUUAAGUAUCCGGUUGAAUAUAUUAAUGCGCAUAUUCUCCCCUCCUCUCUCACCCCUUUCUCUCUCACUCCCUCUCCCUCUCACCCUUUUCUUUUUUCCCUUUUUCAUUCUCUCACUCUCUCCAUACCACAAGCGCGCCGUUCAGUGCCCGUGCGGAAAUGCCAAAGCCAAUGGGAUAAGGAUUCCAUAAUAGAUGCAAAUUGUCGUGAAAAGACACUGCAAAAUAUGAAAAAAACUCAUUUUCGGCGGAGUAAAUCACAGAAAACUGUUUACGAUCUGGCAUUUUGGACUGGAAUUGUAAUGCAGGAAUAUAACAGAAGAUGCGAUUGUAUGGAAUCGAUAUAAUUGUGGCGUGAACAUUGACAGGGAUUCUCGAAAUACAGCAUAUAUCUAUAUACUGGGAAUCGCUGAACCUACGGGUAUCUUCGGAAGUCUUUAUUUCCUUCAGCGGACAGAAAUUUAAUAUACAAACAACAAUAAGAGCUGAAACAAGAACAAUAACAACAACCCGAACAACAAAAGAUGAGUUCCUAUUUCGUAAAUUCUCUGUUCUCAAAAUACAAAAGUGGUGAUACAUUGCGCCCAAAUUAUUAUGAAUGUGCAAGUUUCGCACAGGACCUGGGAAGUAGACCAACAGUAGUUUACGGACCCAGUACUGGAGGAACUUUCCAACAUCCAAGUCAGAUUCAGGAGUUUUACCAUCACGGCGCAUCCACGCUCUCCAGUACCCCUUACCAACAAAAUCCUUGCGCCGUAACUUGCCACGGAGAACCUGGCAACUUCUACGGGUACGACGCGCUGCAAAGGCAAACCCUUUUCGGAACCCAAGAAACGGAUCUGGUUCAGUACGGCGACUGCAAGCUGACCUCGAACAGCAUCGGAGAGGAAGCAGAGAACACAGAGCUAAGUCCUUCACCUACACAACUCUUCCCAUGGAUGAGACCUCAAGUAGCUGCCGGACGAAGGCGAGGCCGGCAAACCUACAGCCGCUACCAAACGCUGGAGCUAGAGAAGGAGUUCUUGUUCAACCCAUACCUGACCCGCAAGCGGCGAAUCGAGGUAUCACACGCUCUGGGACUGACUGAAAGGCAGGUCAAAAUCUGGUUUCAGAACAGGAGGAUGAAAUGGAAAAAAGAGAACAACAAAGACAAAUUUCCCAGUAGCAAAUCAGAGCAGGAGGAAAUAGAGAAACGAAAAAAAGAAAAUGAACAAGACGAACAGGCACGAGUGGCUCGAGAAGAAGACAGCGAAAAAGCUAAACAAAUAUAGGACUACAAGCACGGAGUUCAACAUUCUAACGUCGCUGGAGAACUUACAAAUCUGAACUUUUGCUUAAGAACCAUUAAAUUCUUAUGGUUAUUGCUCAUUGUUUAGGGUGAUGUCAAAACAGGAAAUGAAAAUAAAUAUCGUAUCCAGUGUAAAGAAGUUAAAAUGAUCUGACAGAGAGAUACUGCAUUUCUACCUAAUGCUGGAAAAUAUUAUAGUGACAUAAAGUAGCUACCUUUAUUUGUGGAAUAAUUAAUGUGAAACAUUUUUGAUGUUAGAAUAUUACUCUAAAAUAUACUUUGGCAGCUGUGUAGGUUUAUUAAUUGGUGCACUUUUUACUGUUCCCGUUAAUCUUAUGGUAAUUAACGUAGCAAACUAUGAAAUCCAACAACAUGAAACUGCCUAUUUAUGAUGUAGGUGCUCUCUCUUUUUACGUUAAUCCUUUGAUAGUCCGUUUAGUUGUUAUUGGUAUUGUAUUUUCUAUUCUUGGAUAGGCAUGCGCACAGGGCAAAAUAAUUAAAUAAAAGGCUUCGGUGACUGUGACACAUAAUGUAUACUGUACUCGUGAAUUACUUUAUGGGCACUUGUUGUCAUGCUUUGUUGUUCUUCACCUCUUUGUCUUUUGUCUAAACCUGGAAACGGCGGAAAAAGGAGGGCACAAUAAAGUUUACAAGAAAGAAUCCAUAAUAA